AUGGCACGCACCAUCCGGAGCAAUGCGCUCGAGAAGCUUGCCCGCCUGUCCGCGCAGUCGGCGUCUGCGGAUAUUACGCAUUCGGACUUUGCGAGGCUGUUCAAGAGAUGCUCGGCUUCAAGCUCCAUGAAACUGCAAGAGCUAGAGGCAAUCCUCGCUCUAUGCAAGUCAGCACCCUACAUCGAGUCAGUUGACGUCGCCGAGAAGCUGCUCACACGCCUUUCCCCAUACCUCGCCGCAUCGCACACGCAAACGCUUGCGCCCUCGCCCAGCCUUCGCACUUUCGAGCCCGCGCCAUACGAAAUCCUCACCUACAACCUCACAUGUGCCGUCCUCUCGCUCGGCCUUCGACACGAUCAGCUGCGCAUCCAGGCUGCCAAUGCACUCAGGAGUUACCUCGCCGGCUGGGUCUCAGCAGCUGCAGAGCUCUCGGAAGAACAAUUUGUCGACGAUGGAGCCGAUGACUAUGCGGCAGAUGGAGAGUUGGCGCGCGUCAUGACGCACAGUCUGUCGCUGCUGGGCUUCUUGGGUGCUGCUGCUGAGCAUGCCCAUUUCUGGAAUGCGUACGACAGACUCCAGCUCGUCCAAGAUGUGCGAACAGCAUUGACGGAGAACUUUCUCAUUGCAUUCGAAACAGUGCUGUCCAUUGUGCGUAAUGCGCGCUCCCACCAGCAUGGACUGAGGGAGUGGAAGCGGUACACAAAGCAUUACGCUGCUACUGGACGACCACUUGGUGCUAUGAUCCUGCACGAUUCCUUUCUCAAGGUCGUGCUGGCUUCGGCUUCGUUGCUUGUUGGGAGCAGCCCACACCUUGCAUCACAGACGUCUGUUCUGGAUCAUUUACAGACUGCGCUCCACAGCAAGAACCAUCAGGUUCUUAGAGAUGCAGCCGAGAACUCUCUGGCUGAGGGAUUGGCGAAGAUCGCAGGAGAGGAAAUGGAGCGUCUGGAGAAUGAUAUGGACUACCUACAACGUGUAGGAUCUGCUUGGCAGCAGCAACAAGCAUCUUCGGUUAAGGCAAAGGUACUCGUCACGUACCUCUGCUGUACCAUCUACGACGGUGAUACAGAGAUUACGGAUGCGGAGGUCUUGACCGCCUGGCUCGACAACGUACUCAACGACCCUGCACAGAGCGCGGAUCAUGAGUUGGCUUCUACAGUGCUGAAGUCUAUGGCCAUCCUCUCCAAAGUCUCGCCGCAGUUGGCGUCUACCCUGGGACGAUCGCUUCCUCGAGUCAUUGUUCAAGCCAACUUCGAUCAUCGAACAACAUCCGUUGCAGCCGAGUCGCUCGCUGCGGUUCUCAGCCUUCUUCCUCAGGAUGCCAUCAUUACGACGCUUUACAGCCUAGGCAAUGUCAUUAGCGGCGCUCCUAAGCCUGACCGAAACCCAUCUUCAUCUCCUACAUUGAACGGCGCUGGGAAGUCUGCACGGACAGGUGGCGUUUACAACAACCAGAAUGGCAGUACCAUUUCACUCACACCGAGCGAUGUUGAUGACCCGCACCAUGUACACACGACUGUCAUCGAGACUAUUGUGUCUGUCGCACGGAACUGUAAAGAUCCCAAGAUCACGGCACUGGCACUGUCGAUGCUUGUCCAAAAGGUUGGCCGUUCUGGCAAGGUUGUGGAUGCAAAGAUCAUAACCGAUUCGGCUUUCUUGGGGGUUCACAGCCCGCCUGGCGAGUUCAGAUCCUUACUCAAGGUCUACACAAAGCUUUCGCAUGAUGCGCUGGUCUCAGACGACGGGGCUACACUUGAAGCUGUCAUGGCUGCUCGUCUCAAUCUUUCCCGGGAAAUUUCUGCUGAUGAGCCUACCUUUGAGAUCUAUCUUACACACCUGCUAGAUACGAUCGUUAGCAAAGGAGAUGCCCAAGAGACAUCGCAUCGCCACUUAAGAGACACUGAGCUUGCAGCUCAAGAGAUUGCGCAAUUGCUAAAGCCCCUCGCGCUUUUGCUUGAAAGAAACGCAGAACGAGCCGAAUUUUCAGAGCUGGAUGACUCCAUUAUCAGUCUUCAGCGUGAUGCUUGGUUCAACAUCGUCGUUCAUGGCUUCGAUCUGCUAUCUGAUCUCGGGAAACAACAUAGGGAAGAAUUGCGCACUCUUGCGCGAUUCAGUAAGCCUCUCAUAGCUGAGGAGCGACCAUUCCUUUCCGAAAGUGACAUCGAACUCAACACGGUGCUGCGUCGCGGCAAGUCGCCUGAACAUACGGUCGAGCAAAAGAAGCGGCUUGGGAAAUUACUUCCAUCGUGCGAGCCUGAUACCAAGUCGUUGAGCUAUCAGGAAGCAGUCUUCUUGAGCACUGCGUAUCUGGUCGAAGACCUACGCGCAAGUACAGGUGACUGCACCAAGGCGCUUGCCUACUUCCUCGAUCCAAAGCUGCGAACUGGUGCAGUGGGAAACUGUAUGGCUGCCAUCACAACAACUGCUGUUCGAACCUAUCUGGCAAAAACCUUAUCAGGCCAAUCACAUACAUUCUCAACUCCAUACCUGGCGCGCCAGCUAGCCACAGUGUUUUCUGCAUGCUGUCAUCGCAUUGCUCGCGUUCAGCAGGCAGCAGCUACCUGCGCAGAUAUCAUCAUCCGCGAAGUACCAUCCACUCUCUGUCAGAAAAGCGCUCUGUUCGCUCUGUUAGAGCUUCUUUCAAUGAUGUGGUACAGCUGCCUUGAAGGCGAGACUGACGACUAUGCCUGGAAGUCAACCUUUACAUCAAAGAGAUCCAAUAUCGUAGUGGAGCUAUCAGACGACUACGCUUUCCGAAGAGCGACUCUCGAUGCGUUACAUAAGCGUGCAACAGUAUGGGUGAAAGGAGCACUCGACAUUGCCCCACUUGACGUGAAAGGGCUCCUUCAGUCGUAUCUUUCCGAAUUUGAUGAUGAGAUGACUUUCGGCCAUAUCUCGCUAGGACGAUCUUUUGCCUUGGAGAUGGGAUCUGUUAUUCCAUCAACCGACCAACGCCUUGGUGCUAUCGAACGCCAAGGCAUCAACAUCAACACCGCAUCAGACUUCAUCACCCAAUACACGACGAGGCAGGAGUACAAGUUUCUUGAGGGCGUUGCCGAUCAAGAAGAGGAAUGGCUACAGGGCGCAACCCCUUCUGCGCGAAAGUCAACUUACCUCUCACGAAGCUUGCAUGAAGCGACGAAUCUUCUAGUUGACUUAGAGAACCGCACCCUCAACCACAAACACGUCACUAUUGCUGAGCUUCGCGACAUAUUGCGCAGGGCAGCCGCGCUUCUGUGCAGAGUUAAGACGGACCAGUCGCCUAUCGUUCAGCACCUGGUCGGAAUUCCAUUCGCGGUCUUCUCAAAGCAGUCCAUCAAGCUUGGUAUCUCACUGUGGACAAGCGUGGCUAAAGAGAACCCGCGUAUGGAAUCUCGUAUCCUCGUCGCCAUUGCGGAAAACUGGGAAAACACGGUACGGAAACGUCGUGGUAUCUUCAGUCCUGCACUGAGACACGAAGAUCCUUUCUACGGGAAGCAAGAGUUUGCUGCAACAGACAAAGAAGCACUAUCGAAACGCCAACAGCAUAUUUACAACCUGAUUGCGCCUCACUUCCGCCUGCUGCAGUUCUUGUCUAGCCACUUCAGCGCUUCGCGGUUGAGCAGAGCGGAUGUCGAGCGUGUUUACGUCCGAUUGAUACAUAUUACGCUCGAUGCAAUGAGCACUGGCUGUUCGCAGCCGCUUGCUCGCGAGUCUUACUUCCAUAUUGUUCUGCUUGGACUGCGUAUUGCGCGUCAUUGUACCACUUUGUCAGCAACAAUUAGGUGGCGGUUGACCGACCGCAUAUUGACUGCUGCUCUAGCAUGGUUCGCAAAAGCUCCACAAUGGUCUUUUGGAGGCAACCGACUGCAGAUCAAGGCUGAGACGCAUGUUCUCGCAGACGUGUUGGCGCAGCUUGACGUUAUCGGAAAGGUCACAACUGCAAUUGAGGUUAGCGCAAAAUUGAAGGCGAAGCAAGACCUCCUGUCUAUACUGCUCUCGAACGAGCAGACUCGCCUCAUGGUGUGGCUAUUCCCUCUUGAUUACGGCAAAAAGCAUCAUUUUACCUCUGGACGCCACAACAAUACGCUUCCUGAUAAUGCUGUUUCCGCUCAUUUAAAGACGGCUUGGACUGAGAAUCCUGUGAUCGCCUGUCAUCUCCUUAAGCGCUUCCAAUCUCAGCGCCUUAACAACGAGACUCGCUGGCAGGUACUGAACUUCCCGCACAAGUUGUUGGAUGAACCAGAUGCUCUUGAGAUUCUCCUGGGAAACCUUUUACCAAGUGAUGUAUCAUUCCAGCUCAAGUACAUGCUCUACUGGAAGCCUGUCAAUCCUAUUACAGCCGUCACGUACUUCCUUCCAGCGUACGGCAACCAUCCUUUCAUCAUCCAGUAUGCGAUGAGAGCACUAGAGAGCCACUCAGUCGACGUCAUGUUCUUCUAUGUCUAUCAGAUCGUACAGACGCUUCGAUACGACGUCCUAGGCUACGUGGAGCGGUAUAUCAUUGAGACAGCCAAAUUCUCGCAGCUGUUUGCUCAUCAAAUCAUCUGGAACAUGAAGGCAAACGCGUACAAGGAUGAAGCUUCUGAGGUACCUGAUCCCGUCAAACCCACACUCGAUAAAGUGAUGGGUAGUUUGGAGUCCAGUUUCUCCAAGGAAGACCAUGCCUUCUACGAGCGCGAGUUUGCCUUCUUCAACGAGGUCACGGGUAUUUCUGGUACUCUACGCUCUGUCUUACAUGAACCCAAAGAAGUCAAGAAGCAGAAGAUCGAAGAAGAACUUCGCAAGAUCCAAGUGGAGGUCGGUGUCUAUCUACCGUCCAACCCCGAUGGUCAAGUCAUUGGUAUCGAUCGCAAGUCUGGAAAGCCGCUACAGAGUCACGCAAAGACACCUUUCAUGGCUACGUUCCGUAUCAGGAAGACUAGGCCCGAUGAUCAAGGUCUGGAAGAUCAGGAAGACGAGAACCGCGAUAUCACGCAGAAGCGCGACAACAGCUACGAAACAUGGCUCUCUGCGAUUUUCAAAGUUGGAGACGACUGUCGACAAGACGUGCUUGCGCUACAGAUGAUCGCCGCCUUUCGAGGCAUCUUCAACACCGUGGGUCUUGACGUCUGGGUCUUCCCCUACCGCGUUACAGCGACAGCGCCAGGCUGCGGAGUCAUCGAUGUACUCCCCAACUCCAUCUCGCGUGACAUGCUCGGUCGUGAAGCUGUGAACCGACUCGACGAUUACUUCGUAUCACGUUACGGCAAUGAAGACUCAAUCCGCUACCAAGAAGCGCGAUCCAACUUUGUAAAGUCAAUGGCUGCCUACUCAGUCAUCAGCUUCCUCCUCCAAUUCAAAGAUCGCCACAACGGCAACAUCAUGAUCGACGAUGCCGGCCACAUCAUCCACAUUGACUUUGGUUUCUGCUUUGACAUCGCACCUGGCGGUAUAAAAUUCGAACGCGCACCCUUCAAACUCACAGCCGAAAUGAUCGCUGUCAUGUCUGGCAAGAACUCCGCAAACCCGUACCAAUCGCAAGCGUACCGUUGGUUCGAGGAACUUACUGUUAAAGCUUUCCUUGCUAGUAGACAGCACUAUGGCAUCAAAGCCGUAGAUUGGUUCGGUAUCUUCACCUUCCUCGGCUUCACACUCAUGAUCCUGUUGGGUCUGGAUUUCGGUGGCGUCCUGUUUCCAUGGAACUCUGCAAAAGUUAUCGCACUACUCGUAGUAGGUGGAGUUAUGAUCUUUGCAUUCAUUUACAGCGAGGCAAAAGUGGCAAAGUAUCCUUUGAUUCCUAUGACAUUAUUCCGUCGAGGGACAAACGUCGCCGCUUUCCUCGUUGUAUUCUUCCACGGGUUCGUCUUCAUCGCAGGCGAAUACUAUCUACCGCUGUUUUUCCAGGCCGUCCUUGAAGCUUCACCUUUGAGAUCUGGACUGCUUCUCCUCCCUUUCAUUGUCACGGGUGCAAUCGCAGGAGUCUUCUGCGGCCUCGUCAUGCAUAAGACGGGUCACUUUUGCGAGAUAAUUUGGGUGGGUACCUUACUCCUUACCAUUGGUUUUGGCCUCUUCAUCUCCUUCGACGCAUACACAUCAACGGGCAAAGCAGUCGGCCUUGUUAUAGUCGGUGGCUUGGGAUCCGGUAUCUUGUUCGAGGCGCCCAUGAUUGCUAUUCAAAGUCAGGUUGAACAGCACGAUGUGGCAAGUGCUACUGCAACUCUAUCAUUUAUUCGCAACAUCGGCGUCUCGAUAUCUACCAUCAUCGGCGGCACCAUCUUCCAGAACUCGAUGAACAACCGCGCUUCUUUUCUUCGAGACGCCGGGCUGCCGCAGGAUCUUUUGAGUCAGCUUGAUGGCGAUAGCGCGAUGGCCAAUGUCAUGCUUCCUGCUACAUUUGAGAACUCAGCAUGGGAGGUUGCCGCGAAAGAAGCUUUUGCGUAUGCGAUGCGAAAUAUGUGGAUCACGUAUACAGUUUUUGCGUUCUUAAGUUUUGCAGCGAGUUUAUUUAUCAAGUCGGCAGUAUUAGGGACAGAUCAUGUAGAAACUGUCACCGGAUUGAAGAAGGAGAAAGUUGCGGCCAGAGUGGAGACGGAUAGUUCCUAA